AAAAAAAUUGAAGGUUUCAAUGAACAAGAAAAGGCAGCUGUGCUCCUUUUUGAUGAAAUUUACACCAAUUCCAAUCUCCACUACAAUCCUCUGACAGACUUGAUUGAGGGCUAUGAGGAUUAUGGCGAAAAAGGAAGGACUGACCGUGAAGCAAACCAUGUCCUUGUCUUUAUGGUUCGAGGGCUACAGGGAGAUUGGAAAAUGCCGGUGGCUUACUUUGCUGUUAAUGGGACGUCUCCAUCAGACAUGUUGGCUUCAUUAAUUAAAGAAGUUAUAAGGGAGCUCAGGAAACUUGGCCUUCAGGUGGUUGCCAGUGUCUCUGAUCAAGGGGCGACAAAUCAGGGUGCUAUCAACGAGCUCAGAAGCCAAUGUGAAGAGGGCAAACUUGAUCCAGUCUACAAAGUUGAUGAUGAGCGGGUUGUGCAUUUGUAUGAUAUUCCUCAUGUCAUGAAGAGCAUGAGGAAUAAUCUCCUGUCUUCAGAUCUGGAAGACGAGCUGCAACAAAUAGUGAGGUGGUCUUACAUCAUUGAAUUCUUUAAGUUAGAUGAGGGAAUGUGCAAAACGUCUAAAUUACAAUAUUCACACCUGUGCCCAAUGGGAAGAAACAAGAUGCGGGUGGAUCUUGCUGCACAGACCUUUAGUGAGACCACUGGGUGUGGAAUGAAAACGUUUCAUAUGCUCACCCAAGGCACCAAGCUGGUUGGAGCAGAACCCACAAUUGAGUUUAUUCUUACAAUGGACCAGCUAUUUGAUUCCAUGAAUGGCCCUGGUAGGAAAGACGCUCCGAAGGCAAAGCGCCAAAAUGUAACUGAGGACUCUUUCCACCAUGCCUUCUGGAGAGAAAUGAUCCCAAAGAUUGAAAAGUGGGUCUUCAUAAGAAAAUCAUCAGGAGUAAGGCACAUACCACCCUGUCUAAAGGGCCUAAUUGACAACCUUCGGGGACUGGAGUGGAUCUGGAAAGUAGUUAAAAAAUUAGGUUUCACCAGUCUCAAAUUACGGAAUUUAAAUCAGGAUCCACUUGAAAAUUACUUUGGCCAGAUUCGACAGUCAUGCGGAAGUAAUUCAGACCCCACAUUGGCUCAGUUUGUUGGUGCGAUGAAAGUGUGCCUGGUUCAGCAAAUUACAAGUGGCCGCAACCAAAAUUGUGAAGAUGAUGGGGCAUCAUUCCUGGCAGACUUUGGAGCCUUAAUAAAUGAAUGGUCGGUGCCAACAACAAGAGCCGAAGUCACCCCCACUCUCAUCAGAGGAUGUAGGCCUGAAGAAAUUAAUAAUACAUUGGUUAACAAGCUAACAAGACAAGCACCAUCUCUCAACUGUGCCACAAUGUGCACAAAAAUUCUUGCAGCCACAGAGAGGUGUAAAAAUUGUUACCGUUUUUUGAGCUCAAAUGAAGAUUCGACCGAUUUCACUCUCCAGCUGAUGCUGGAGAAAACUUCAGGGUUGGAUAAACCUUCCCCCUAUUUCACCAACUUCUACUUAACUGCGCAAAAAAUUGUAGCACAGAAAUGGAAUGAAAUAGGGUGGAAACAAAAUUUGGUGAAAAACAUUAAGUACCUCCUCUCUGAAGAAACGUCCCUGCUGGAGUGGGUCGACUGUGAAAUACACAGCGACUUGGUCCAAGAGCUUCUUUUACAUUUGUCUGCCACACGGAUUGUCCAAUUAAAAUGUUCUGCAUUCAACACCUCCAUUAAGGAACAGAAAGUUAGGAGAACCAGACAAGCAGAGAUGAGCAAGAAGUCUCAAAAUGUAGCAGAGGACUUCGGAAUUGAGGCAAUUGAUCCAAGAGACUUCUCCAUUCUGACUGGUUUACCAGGUAUUGAUGGAAAUGUGUUGAAGAAACUUCAAUCCCACAAUCCACUGCUGACCAGCAAACAGAAUUUGGACAAUGCUCUGCAUCAUGAGGAAAAUGGAGAAAGUGAACUUGUGCAGCAAAAUGAACAGCUGGAUGAUCCAUCCAUUCCAAUAGCGGAUGCUAGCACAGAGACUGCAUCAGAAAUUGUGCUGAGUACUUUUGGCGAUGAGUUCUCUCUACUGGAUGCUUUUGAAGCAGUUGCGACACCAUCAGAUCUGUCACCAAAUCCUGUGUCAGAGCCAUCGACAUCCUCCAUCCUCCAUCCUCCAUCCACAUCCUCCAAACCACCAUCAUCUUCACAUGCACCUGUGCCGUCAUCUCUUAAAAUGCUUCAAGAUCAAGCAAAUACAAGCAACAACGAAAUUGACAGAUUAGAGGAGACUGUGCGCCAAGGAAAAGCACAAAAGUUAACCUUACCACAGCUGAAAGCAGUGUUGAAAGCACGAGGAGUCAAGGGUUACUCAAGACUGAACAAAGAAGGCCUAGUGAAACUCGUAAAUAAAUGCUAAAAUCAGGAAACCUCGUUUUUUGUUUGCUUUUUAUUCAUUUUCUAAGCCGACAAUACCCUUUCCAUUAAACACGAGGAAACCAAUACUCACAUAACUCCGAUCUAGUAGCAGCAGCAUUACAAUACGGGGACGCGGGGGGCGGCCGGAAAUACAUUUAUAGCACCUUCCUCAAACUUCAAAUUUAAAGUGUCCGGUCACCAGUGAUGCCAACCAGGUGGUGCUUAACAGUGUUGAAAUUUCGUGCCGGACAGUUGCCACCUUGUAGAAUGAUGUUCUUGUUUUAUGUUGUUGUUGAGCUCCAAGCGCCCUAGCGGAAAGGCUGGGAGUUACCACGGGUUGACCUAGACCGGAA